UGGUUGGGUUACGGAGAGUGUAGCAACAUUUUACAUACGCUUUUUUUUCUGGAAAAUGCACACCUCUCAACUAAUUUUAUCUAUUUAUAUACAUUUUAUCGUCCAUAAGACUGUUAGGUCGCAGUAACGUUACAUCAAAUGACAACGGUCCCACAGCUCACUUGUGGUUAGCUAUCGUUUGAAGAAGAUUAGAAGGGGCUUGCUCCCUACAAAUUCUUUCGUCUUCUGCUUUCGGAAUGUUUUCCAAAAAGCCUCAUGGGGACGUCAAAAAAUCUACACAGAAAGUGUUGGAUCCAAAAAAAGAUGUCCUGACACGUCUGAAACACUUGCGGAUUGUUAGUGAAAAUGCUGAGUCGGGGGAUCUGAAGCACUUCUUUGACCAGUACUACUCUCACAUCUACUAUGUGUUCUUUGAGAACUUUGUCACCAUUGAAGUCAGUCUCAAACAAAAAGGUCACAAAUCGCAAAGGGAAGAACUUGACUCCAUUCUAUUCAUAUUUGAGAAGAUUCUGCAACUCCUACCAGAGCGAAUACACGGACGAUGGCAGUUCCACAGCAUAGGCCUCAUCCUGAAGAAGCUGUUGCACACUGGGAACUCUUUAAAGAUCCGAAGGGAGGGUGUGCGUCUGUUCCUGCUAUGGAUGCAGGCCCUGCAGGGUAACGCACUGAGAGAGCAACUAUGGAUAUUUGCCUGUCUGAUCCCUGGCUUCCCAUCCCCUCAGUCAGAGCUGGGACCCCGUACCCUGGACAACCUGGUGAACCCUCCUCUCAGCUUUCAGGAGACUCAAGUGACUCCAGAAGAGAUCAUUCCCCUGGUUCCUCCACAGUCAGGGGAUAAGGGCCAGGAAGACCUCACAGGAUACUUUCUAGAGGCUCUUCUGAAAUACAUGGCCAAAAGUCUGGAGUGGAAGUGCAAAGACAACCACGAGAAGGGCUUCGCAUUCCUGUUUGGAAACUUCAAGAAAUAUUACCUGCCGCACAUAUUCCCUAACUUUUCCAAGGAGACCAGUUUGUACCAUCCCAUACUGGAGGUUCCAUCAAUGAGACCAAAGCCUUACUACAGUGUGGUGAAGAAAGACCCAGAGACCAACGAGGCAGUGUACUGCACUAAGGAGAGCCUCCUCAAUGCCCGGGUCAUCUUCAUCCGCUGGCUGGUGUCCUUCUGGCUGGAGCCACGCUCCAACACUGGAACACACAUCCCUGGGGUGGACGGAGAGAGGGAGAGUGUGCCAAAGAACAUCCAGAGGGCAGCAGCUGGGCUGGCAGGGCGGGGACAUGGGCUGGGGGAUGACUUGGGCCCCAGGGCAGACAGCCUGGAUGGAGGGAUAGGGUGUGAGCAGGAGCAGUCCCACUCCAACACCUCCACCUUGACAGAGAGGGAGCCCAGCUCCUCCAGCCUGUGUAGUAUGGAUGAGGAGCACCUCACUGACAUGGAGGUUGUGAGAAGAGUCCUCUGUUCCUCCAGGACCAAUGUCAACUUCAUCACUGAGAUUUUCCGACAGGCCUUCCUGUUGCCAAUGUGUGAGGCUGCAGCCAUGAGGAAGGUGGUGCGGGUGUACCAGGAGUGGUUUGCCCAGGAGGACAAGCCUUUGUUUAUGAGGGAGCCGGAGGAGGAGAGGAUAUUUUCCACCGCCGGAGAGGUUAACCUGGAGCCUGUACCCCAGCAGGGCCCAGAGAAGGAAGAGAGGGUGAAUAAAGUGUCUGAGAAAGAGCUGCUGGAGUACAGUGUGCAUGCAGGUGUUCAGCCCACUCUACAGGUGUUUGUCACCAACUCGGCCAAUGUGUUUCUGCUGGAACCAGCCAAUGAGCUGAAGAUGCUGCUAGAGGAACAUGUUGACAUGUGCAAGAGAGUCCUUAACAUCUACCGUAGCCUGGUCAUGCAUGAAACCAUGGACCAGAAGACAUGGGAGCAGAUCCUGCUGGUCCUGCUGAGGGUAACCGAAUGUGUGAUGAAGAGACCUCCCUCAAUCAUGCCCCACGGCAAGAAGAACAUGACCCUCUCAGGGAGACUGGCUGGGGCAGUCUUUCAGACCCUGAUAGUGGCGUGGAUCAAGGGGAACCUGAACGUGUACAUCUCCAGGGAGCUGUGGGACGACCUGCUGGCCGUGCUGUCCUCGCUCACCUGCUGGGAGGAGCUGGUCACAGAGUGGUCCCUCACCAUGGAGACGCUCACCAAGGUUCUGGCCCGCAACCUGUACAGUCUGGACCUCAACGAGCUGCCGCUGGACAAGCUGAGCGAACAGAAACAGAAGAAACACAAAGGAAAAGGGGGAGCUCACGAGGGCCAGAAAAUGGCUGUGGACCGUUCAUUCUCUAAGGGCUGGAGCAGGGACCAGCCUGGGAGUGGGAGCGGCCAGGCAGCAGCCAUGAGGCAGCGCAGUGCCACCACCGCUGGCUCCCCGGGCAUGGAGAAGGCCAGGAACACUAUACGCCAGAAGACUGGGGACAUGGACGAUCCCCCGAUGGCCUCUCGGACCCCCAGGAUCCGCCACUGCUCCCAGAGCGAGGAUACCCCGGCCUCGGAGUUGUUUUCGGCGUCUGGCGACCUGGACCCCCAGGGGUCCACGCUCCCCCGCAGCAGCAGCGCCUCCGACAUCAUGGAGCCCUUCAUCGCCGAGAGGGUCAAAGCGGCACAGCAAAGCCCCCGGCGGGGCCACAGAGGCGCCCCUGAGGGACCUGUACACUCAUGUAUUGGGCUAUUUUGGAAGAAAAGCACCAGUGACGCAGGCAACAGCAGCCAAAACUUUGGAGACCUGAUGGACGAGUUUAUCCAAGAGCGUCUGCGAGCGGGAGGCACCUCUGGUAUGACCAGGCGUGGCAGCAGCCCCGGUAGUCUGGAGAUCCCUAAGGACCUGCCAGAACUCCUGAACCGUCAGAACUCCACACGACCCGUAGACGACCCCGGCGUGCCCUCCGAGUGGACCUCCCCAGCCAGUGGCAGCAGCAGCGACCUAAUCAGCUCCGACAGCCAAUCGGACUCAUUUAACGCCUUCCAGUACGCCAACUGCAAGUUUGAAAAUUUCAGCUUUGGUCCAGAUGGCUGUGGUGCGGGGUCGUUGGACCAGGAUAACACCAGCCUGGGAGGAGUACCCCAGACUGCAGAGGAACCGGAGCUGUCCAGUCUCACCACCCUGCACAUUGACUCAGAGACCAGUAGUCUGAGCCAGCUUGGCCUGUCUGCAGAUACCGUCACCAUCACAGGUUCAGAGAGUGCGUCCCCGAUGCAUUCCCUGGGGGGUUCCCGCUCUCAGACCCCGUCCCCAGCCACGCUGACCGCUGAACAUGUAGCUCUGCAGCACAAGGACCUGCAGCUGGAUGAGAAACUACGUCACUCUGUAGUACGGACUCCGGAUGACCUGGAAACCAGUGAAUUUCCUACAGAGGACUGCAGUGUGAUGGCUGGUGGCUCGCUGACUGGUUGGCACGCUGACGUUGCCACGGUGAUGUGGCGGAGAAUGCUAGGAAUUCUGGGAGAUGUGAACACCAUUAAGGACCCAGAGAUCCACGCGCAGGUCUUUGACUACCUCUGUGAGCUGUGGCAGAACCUGGCCAAGAUCAGGGAUAAUCUGGGGAUCUCUCUGGACAACCAGUCGUCUCCUCCUCCCCCGGUCCUCAUCCCUCCCCUUCGGAUCCUCACCCCCUGGCUCUUCAAAGCGACCAUGCUGACUGAGAGGUACAAACAGGGGAAGCUGCACGCCUACAAGCUCAUCUGUAAGAUCAUGAAGAGGAGGCAGGACGUAUCGCCCAACUCGGACUUCCUCACACACUUCUACAACAUCAUGCACUGUGGUCUCAUGCACGUCGACCAGGACAUAGUGAACACCAUCAUUAAGCACUGUUCUCCUCGGUUCUUCUGCAUCGGCCUUCCCGGGGCCACCAUGCUCAUCCUGGACUUCAUCAUCGCAGCCAGCAGAGUCACAGCCUGCUCUUCGCUCAACGCCCCGCGGGUGGAGGCUCAGAUCCUGCUGGGUUCUCUGGUGUGUUUCCCUAACCUGUAUGAGGAGCUGCCCGCCCUGCACCCCACCACCGCUGACGUGGUCAUGACCAAGUUCAGAGACGUCAAGGAACACAUCAUCAAACACAUCCUGAGUUCAGCAAGAGAUGAGCCUUCAGCCCCAGCCAGGUGUGUGGCCCUGUGCAGUCUGGGUAUCUGGCUGUGUGAGGAGUUGGUCCACGGCACCCAACACACUCAGAUCAAAGAAGCCCUCAACGUCAUCUGUGUCACUCUGAAGUUUCCAAAUAAAACUGUCGCGCUGGUGGCCUCCGACAUUCUGCACUUGCUCAUAAACUAUGUCGAUGACCUUCAGAAAUUCCCCCCAGACACUCCAAAGAAAAUAGUUGAGAUCCUCAUAGCGACCGUAACUCACCUGCUCCCCACUACAGAAUCUUCCCCUCAUGAACUGGACAAGAGGUUGGUGGUGUCUCUGCUGUUGUGCCUCCUGGACUGGGUGAUGGCUCUGCCUCCUAAGACUCUGCUGCAGCCUGUCCAAACACUCAGCCCUGACAAGGACAAGCCAGACAAGUCUGUCAUCAGCUGUAUCUAUAAGGUGCUGCAUGGCUGUGUGUAUGGGGCCCAGAACUUCAACAGCCCCAGGUAUUUCCCCAUGAACCUGUCAGACCUGACCAGUCCUGACUACGACCCCUUCCUGCUGCUGGAGAGUCUGAAGGAACCAGAGCCCCUCCACUCCCCUGACUCAGAACGCUCCUCCAAACUACAGCCGGUCACCGAGGUACGGAGCCGUAUCCAGCAUGGUCUGAUCUCCAUCGCAGCCAGGACAGUCAUCACCCACCUCGUCAACCACCUUGGCCACUACCCCAUGUCUGGAGGCCCUGCUACCUUGACCAGCCAUGUCUGUGAGAACAUGGACAACCCCUACAGCGAGAGCCCUGACCUGGCCCCAGAGCUCUUCGACGGGCCCAACCUACAGUUCUUUGUCCUGAACGGUACCACCCUCCUGUCCUGUCUCCAGAUCCGGGCUGAGGACGGUGUGCCCGGAGGUGGGAUGUCUGCAGGCCUCACCACUACCAGCGCCUGUGUGAGGGUUAUUGUUAGGGAUAUCUCCGGCAAACACUCGUGGGACUCGGCUGUACUGUACGGCCCGCCUCACUGUGGUGCUCCUAACCAGCCCCUGCACCUCUACAGUAAAAGACCUACAGAGAGAACGAAUACAGAUGGGGAGAAGAACCGAGCAGGGGAGCUUGGCGAGAGGGAGGAGAGGGAAGAGGGGGCUGCACUGGAGGAGGAGGAGGAGGAGGAAGAAGAAGAAGAGGUGGUUGUGGUGCUGGGAGAGGAUGAGCUGGGAGAGGAGGAGCAGGGGGAGGCUGUGGAGGAGGAAGAAGAGGGGGAGGAGGAAAGUGCCUUGGAGCUGAUGGCCCCGCAGGCCAAGCGUGUGUGUCGGGAGGUGGUUCCGUCCUGGGACUCCCUACGAGAAGAUGACGUUCUAGAUGAGAUGCUGCAGUACCUGGGCUACUCCAGCCCCGAGUGUCUGCAGCGCGCCGGAGCCCCCCUCAACAUCCCCGCCCCGCCCCCUGUCUGCGUCUCGGAGAAGCAGGAGAACGACGUGAUCAAUGCCAUCCUGAAGCAGUGUGCUGAGGAGAGGGACUUUGCGGUGCACAGGGGGAAUGGGCUGAGCAUGAGGGCUGUGGAGCAGGGGGAGCCGGAGCCCCACAGGCCCCAGUCAGCCUUUUACUACUGCAGGCUGCUACUCAACAUCCUGGGCAUGAACUCCUGGGAGAAGAGGAGUAACUUCCAUCUCCUGAAGAAGAACGAGAAACUGCUUAGAGAGCUGAAGAACCUCGACUCCAGGCAGUGUCGAGAGACUCACAAGAUAGCCGUGUUUUACGUGGCGGAGGGGCAAGAGGACAAGCACUCUAUCCUGUCUAACACCAGUGGUAGUCAGGCCUACGAGGACUUUGUCUCUGGGCUGGGCUGGGAGGUGAAUCUGACCAGUCACUGUGGCUUCAUGGGAGGUCUUCAGAGGAACAAGAGCACGGGUCUGACCACGCCUUACUUCGCCACCUCUACCGUCGAGGUCAUGUUCCACGUCUCCACACGCAUGCCCCCCGACUCUGACGACUCACUCACCAAAAAGCUACGCCAUCUUGGGAAUGACGAGGUGCACAUCGUGUGGUCGGAGCACUCCCGAGACUACAGGAGAGGCAUCAUCCCCACGGAGUUUGGAGACGUCCUCAUCAUCAUCUACCCCAUGAAGAACCACAUGUACAGCAUCCAUAUCCUCAAGAAGCCAGAGGUCCCAUUUUUCGGGCCGCUGUUUGAUGGAGCCAUAGUGGAUGAGAAGAUCCUUCCCACCAUGGUCCGGGCUACAGCCCUCAAUGCCAGCAGGGCUCUAAAAUCCCUCAUCCCCCUCUACCAGAACUUCUACGAGGAGAGAGCCCGUUACCUGGAGACCAUCGUCCAGCACCACCUAGAGCCAACCACCUUUGAGGACUACGCAGCGAGGGUCUUCUGCCCCGCCCCCUACCACCACCACCUCUCAGACCCCGGCUCAUGCCUCGAGAGUCAGGAGGGAGAAAGUCCAGCAGCAGUGCAGCUAGACGGGGCCGACCAGUUAGCCUCGCCAAUGUCCCCUCGUACUAGCAAGAGCCGCAUGUCCAUGAAGCUCCGACGCUCCUCCGGCUCGGCCAAUAAGACCUGAUCGGACUUUCCCUCCGCUGAUCGUCCUCCAUGCAACGCCCUGCAUGAGGUCACAGCCUUCAGACAAACCGACUGACUCUCUGUACUGUACAGCUAGGACUGCACUGCAACUACCAGCCUUUACCUGCUAACAGUGCUGCAUCGCAUGUUGUGUACCCCCACUAUAUGGACAUGGACACGCCUGCCCUGCAGGGUCAGAAUUAGCAUCAACCCUACUGCACCACCCUUCCAAGAUGCAGGAUAAGGCCUUGAACAGAGCCAGACCCUCAGGGGCCCCCAGAACUCAGCUUGUGCUAGCAGGGCCUCCAACAGAAUAAACAAGUCCCCUGGGCAAGGUUAACUAUGCUCACUACCACCUCAAACUUUACACAAAAUAUAAUAUACAUAGAUAUAUAAAAGAAGCAGCAUCGGUUUGGUUUUGUACAGAAAGCAUAAAGGCAACAUGCGAGAUGUGUUCAUUGUAAGUAGCAUUGUUGAUGGUUGAAAUCACUUGAUAUUAGACUGAGAUGAACUACAGUGUGGUCUUUCUCUGCUCUUGUAGCUGAGCAGAGUGGCUAAUAUCCUGUCCUCCCUGCUCUCUGGGCCCCUGUCUCUGGGCACCUGUCUCUGGGCACCUAUCUCUGGGCACCUGACUCUGCACCCACUAGGAAAGGGAUUGUAAGAGUUUGUAAGAAAGAACAAAGAAACACGAAGUAAGAAAAGCUUAUUUGUCAUAUUUGGUCACUGUGUCCACCGUGAGACAAAUUUAUAUAUAUAUUUGUACUGUAUUCUGUAUAUACAGGAGUUGUCACUUUCUUUAUGGACUGAAGCAAUGUCAGCCAGUGUUCAAAGAUGAGAUGAACGUUUUGAAGUUGGAAGAUGUUUGUUUCUAGAAUUGUGAGAUGGAAAUUGUUUGGUUAAAGUGAAGCACUUAAAUUUUGGUUUUGGUUUUCACGCUAAACUUGCAACUGAGUUUGACAUUCUGAGUUCACUACUGUUGUUCUUUUGAGGGUCACAUGUAUUUUUUUUAAUCGAGAUUGUAAAAUUGUUUUUCACCUGAUAAAGAAUGUUACUGAUUAUUUAGUUUUGUUCAUAUACAAUGUGUUGUAUUGAACCAGCCCUUUUUUCACUUAUGAUGACUAUAUUAUAUAUAUGAGAAUACAUAUUUAAGGUGUAUAGUGUUGAGGACCAUAUCUGGUCUGUGUACAUAUUUGAAUAUAGCUGCCAAAAAAAAACUAAACGUC